GCAUUCGGCCUCUGCUAUCGAAGACCUAGCACUUUACGGGACACAGACCCCCUGAUUCAUUUGAAGAGCUGAUAGGAUCGAUAGCAGCUGGGUGAGGUCUGACUGGGAUACUGAAAGGACCCCCACAUUUACUUACAUACGCUUCAAAUAGCUUUGGUAUCCGGCAUUUUAUCGCACAAGGACGGGUCCGGCUGAGCUCUGGCUCUAUCUGGGCUCGGAAUCUGUGGCCGAUAGUGCCCGAGGUGCGCCCGGCAUCCCAGUCGGGCUUGUCAUCGGCGCGCCUCGUGAGACCCGCCCAAGCGGACUGUCCGGCGAACACCGGUCAACACUCGGCCAGGCAGUCCUCCGGCGGCUUCUCGAAGUCGAGGGCGGACCUUGCUACCUCCCUAACCUUCAGACCGGUGUGGCAGCGAAGGACACAGCGUACGUCAGCAGUAGCACACAUCAAUGUGGCAAAGGGCCGGAGUCAUGUCUGAAACAAGCUCUAUGUACUACAACAGUAGUGCCCUCAGCUCCAGCGAGGGCCAUUACUCCGAGGUAUACGAAAGCGGAGUUCAGGUUCAUAACUACAGCAAUGUCGUUGGAAGCGGCACGUCCCCCUUCCAUCUUGAGGGAUCUAUUGAGGCAUCUCUCCAGCUCAGUCAUAGCAGGAGUACUCAGGACCUCCGGUACAUCAGAAGAGCGGGCGGAAAACCGAGCACGAUGUCAAGGAUGUCAUCACCUCCUUCGUCAUUUGGCAGCGAGGCCGACUCGGCCGACACUCGGCAAACCGCCGACAGCUCACCGAGAAAGUGGCAUCAGAAAAUAUAUUCGGCGACUAUGUGGGUGCGGAAGAAGGUAAAAAGACCAACGAUAACUUUGUCUAGUUCCGAAUCAGGCAUCAGAGAUUCAACCAGCCAGGGACGAGCCAGCCAGAAGAGAGAGAAAUUCGUGAUACAGCACCAGCCACUUCGUCAACAUUACGGGUCGACCCUGUCUUUAUCUGCCCAACAGACUUACGACGAGCCAGUCUAUGCGUCUGUGCGGCCUCGCCGGGGGAUGAGGAGCGCGCUGAGCGGCUCCAGUCUAUUCGACCUCUCCAGCGAGGAGAGGCCCCCGCCCGUCCCGGACCGCUCGAGCAGACCUCCGGCUCCGGGCGGGCCUCCGGCUCCGGGCGGGGACUCGGCGCUGCGGCCGCUGCCGACCGUCUGUGCCGAGUUCUCCGCCGAGAGUGAGUGCGAGUGGGAGGACUGUCCGCACCUGCACCUGUGCCCCCGGUGGCUGGUGGGCCGGUGUCCGGUGCUGCGCCGCUGUCCGCUGCCGCACUCGCUGCGCACGGCGCACAACCUGACCGUGCUGCGCGCCGCCGGCUGGCAGCAGGACGAGCGCCACCAGCUCAGACGCUGGCUCUUCUUUCAGGCCCGCUGCGAGCGGCUGGAGGCGGCCGGCCUGCCGCCACUCUGUGUCAGCCACGCGCGCGGCGCCUGCGGAGCGCAGCCGUGCGACGCACUGCACAUGUGUCCAGAGUUCCUGACCGACGUGUGUGCGGCGAGGCGCUGUACGCGGGGCCACGACCUCGUCGGGGACGACAACAACCGUCUUGUCCUGGCCCAGCAUGGACACGAUAAUAUGCCGGUCAGGGAUCUUUUGACCAGCAUCAGGGAAUCCAUGACAAAGCCACCUCGCCUGCUCUGAUGUGGGCAGACAGCCGUAGACUCAUCCAUCAUUGUAGCAUGCAUCGUUGUAACGCAUCGUUGUUUUACAAGGAUUACGAUGUUAGCUUCGACCGUGGAAUACCACAACCCUCCAGCUACUAAAUACUACGACGUAACGACCUUGAUGCGAAUGUCGAAAAUUCGAAACGAAAAUGACAAACGACUAGUAGCCGAAAAAAACGAAGCUUGAAUUGAAUAGAAAUUUCGUACAUUAUCAUAUUCCCCGACGUUAGUCGCCGCAUAGCGUGCCACCGGAAGGGCAUUAUCCCCUCCCAUGUGUAUUGUGCAUAUUCUGCUUUCAUCAAGUACCUUGAUUAUUAAGUGUUAUUUGCAACUGCUGCAUAAAGCACCAUACAAUGCAAUGUGAGCCGUGCCAUCCAUGCAUUUCCAAAUGAAUACACAAUACACAUGCUAACGCUGAAUAGGCCAUCUGACAUCGCACAGUCUACGCUUGUAUGUUGCUAGUUUACUAUGGUGAUGCAAAUAAGUGGUUGGCCUUACAUUUGAGCAGUGAGCACUACAUAUUUAAUUCGCCCUCGCAUGGCCUAGUAUUGCCCCAGACAAAAAUAAACUUACUUCGCAUUUUGUUUAGUUUUUAA